AUGGAAGAAGAAACUAAAGUCUCCGAAGUCCCCGCAUCAACAGUGUUUGUUCCCCCAUCCGUUCAAGACCAUGGCGAUGCAUUGUUAUCUGGGAGAAGUUAUGUGCACUACAGCUCCGUGCCAGAAGCAAUAACGACCAACAGCGAGUCUGGGUUGGGAACGCCUUGCGUCCUGGGUGUCGACGAAGCCGGCCGUGGGCCUGUGAUCGGUCCUAUGAUCUACGGAGUAUACUAUCUUCCCAUCGAACUGGAGCAGUCAUUAUUAGCGACAACAUAUCAUUUCGACGAUUCCAAAGUGCUCACUCCAGCCGUUCGAGCCAAUCUCAUGAAGGCGGUCUGUCAAUCAGACACAGACCUGUACAGGACGUCUGGUUGGGCUAUAAAGUCACUCAGCGCCCAGGACAUUGGCGCCGGAAUGAUGAAAAACGGAGGCUCCUACAACCUCAACGCGCAAGCCAUGGAUGCGACGAUCGACCUGAUCAGGGGUGUGAUUGAUCGAGGCGUCAAUGUCAGCGAGAUCUACGUCGACACCAUUGGCAAACCCGCGAUAUACCAGAAGAAGCUCCAGUUGAUUUUCCCAACCAUCAAGAUAACAGUCGAGAAAAAGGCCGACAGCCUCUUCCCUUGCGUGAGCGCGGCGAGUGUCGUAGCUAAGGUGACCAGAGACGUCAGCUGCGAGACCCUUCUCGAGGCGUAUAUUCGCUCUGUUGGGCCCUCUUCGGACGGCGAGGAAAUCACAUGGGGGUCCGGUUAUCCUUCGGACGCAAGGUGUGUGAGCUGGAUGAAAGCCGCAAUCGACCCUGUGUGGGGGUUCGGGAACGAAUGCAGGUUCAGCUGGGGUACAGUCAAGGAUAUGCUCGAGCAGAAGGGUGGAGUAGCGAAAAGGACAGACUGGCCGGAGGACGACGAUGGUGACAACAUGCGGCUUUCACACUACUUUGGUGCCGAAGAGGGGUCUGGCCCCCAGACGGAGGCAGAUGAAUUGCGGACAUGGUUUGGCACUGGCGUCGGACAGAAAGCGUUUUGA